AAAAUGCUCUCCAGAAACUUGACGAAAUGCACGCGUCUGUUCAGCACCACAAACAAGGCCAUGUCAACCGGCAUGGACUUCCAGUUGACCGCUGACCAAGCAGAGUUCCGUGCAAAUGUUCGCAAGUUUGUUGCCGAUGAGGUCAUCCCAGUUGCCGGCGAAUACGACAAAACCAUGGAGUACCCGUGGGAGAUCAUCAAGAAGGCUCAUGCACAGGGAUAUCUGAUCGCCGACAUUCCAGAAGCUUAUGGAGGACUUGGAGUUGAUAUGGUCUCGAAUUGUAUCAUCAGUGAGGAGAUGGCAUAUGGAUGCUCGGGUAUUGCUACCGCUAUCAUGGCUAAUGAUCUUGCACUGACCCCGCUCAUUUUAUGUGCCAAUGAUGAUAUCAAGAAGAGAUUCCUUGGUAGAAUGAUCGACAAUCCGUUUGUGGCGUCCUACGCCGUCACCGAGCCAGGAGCUGGAUCCGACGUCGCCGGAGUCAAAACCAAGUGUGAGAAGAAGGGUGAUGAGUAUAUUCUCAACGGCUCAAAGAUGUGGAUCACAAACGCCGGACAUGCUAACUGGUUCUUCGUGCUUGCCCGUUCCGACCCAGACCCAAAGACCGCAGCAGGAAAAGCCUUCACCGCAUUUGUCGUUGAAGGGGACACCCCAGGACUCACCAGAGGACGCAAGGAGAUCAACAUGGGACAACGAUGUUCAGACACCCGUGGUAUUACCUUCGAAGACGUCCGUGUUCCAGCCGCCAACGUCGUCGGAGCCCCAGGAGAGGGAUUCAAGGUCGCCAUGAAGACAUUCGACAAAACCCGGCCAACUGUUGCAGCACUUGCCACCGGAGUUGCUUACCGCUGCUUGGACGUCGCCACACAGUAUUCUCUGGAGAGAAAAGCGUUUGGAACGCAAAUUGCCAACCAUCAAGGAGUGUCGUUCUUGCUUGCCGAGAUGGCCAUCAAUUGUGAGCUCGCUAGAUUGAUGACCUACAAGAGUGGUGCAGAGGUUGACGCUGGCCGCCCAGGAUCCUACUACGCUUCGAUCGCCAAGCUCUUCGCUUCCGACACUGCCAACCAAGCCGCCACAAAUGCUGUGCAAAUCUUUGGAGGAGCUGGUUUCAACACUGAAUACCCAGCGGAGAAGCUGAUGCGUGACGCCAAGAUCUUCCAAAUCUACGAGGGAACUUCGCAAAUUCAACGCAUGGUCAUUGCUCGUCAGUUGCUCGCUCGAGUCGCUCAGAAUGGAGGAUAUUAGCACGCCACCCGUUUUUCCCCGUUUGAUCACAGUUUUGUACAAAACACUGGUAUAUUUUGUAAUUGUAAAUGAUUUGAAAAAAAAAGAAACAGUUUUGAUUUA